AUGACUGAAGACAACAUAUCAAAUAGCAGUGAAUCACAUAUUACGACUUUCGAAAUAAAGAACGAUCUUCAGAAAAUUAUUGUUGAUACAUUUUCAUUGUUUACAAGUGACAAUAUUAACAGCAUAUCAAUUAGUGAUUUAGGCAAGGUUAUUCGUUAUUUGGGAUGUGUCCCCACCGAAGAAGAAUUGAAUGAAUUCGCAAACAUUGUGGAAAAUCAAAAUGAACCUAAUACCGUCGAUAAGAAUGUAUUUGUACCGCAUAUGGAAAAACAAAUAAGGGCGUUUAAGUAUAAACCGGCAACGGCAGACGAAUUGCUACAGGCAUUUCACACAUUAGAUACGGAAAGUAAAGGCUCGUUGUCUGUGGAUUUUAUGCAACAAGCGCUCCGCGAAGGCGAUUCAUUAGAUCCCGAUGAUAUUACCGAAGCAAUUAAGACCGCUUACGACCCCGAUUUUCAGUGUAUACAUUACGACAUAUGGAUCCACAAGUUAUUGGGAAAGACCAAAAUGGACCCGUACGCUUUAGCCGCCAACGAUGUCGCUUCGGCUAACCGGGCAAAGGUGGCGGAGGACGGAGAACUAAACCGACUGUUAUUGUCCUCCGAUAAUAAUGAUAUUGACCCGGCUGCAUCGGCUGUAUAA